AUGAAUUCGAUUCAAGAAAUUUUAAAACUAAAAUUGUCAUCUUUAACUUUAGAAAAAAAAGUGGAAAUUAAAAAUUUGGAUAGACCUCUACCAAAUUUAUCCAACUUGAUUAAUAUUUCUAAAAAAGGACAAAAAGAAUAUACUCGUCAUUUUAAUAUUGUGCUUUAUCAAAAGUUUAAAUGGCUCUGUGGGUGUGAAACUAUAGUAUCUUUAUUUUGUUUUCCUUGUGUAUGUUUUGGAGGUGAUUUAUCUUGGAGUAAAACUGGUGUAAAAGAUUUAAUACAUCUUUUAGUCAAAUUAAAUAAACAUGAAAAUUCGUUUAAACAUCUACAAAAUGAGGCAAACUUCAAAGUAUUGGUUACUAUGGACAUCAGAAGUCGAAUCGACAGUGGUUAUAAAUUAGGGAUUAAACGUCAUAAUGAGCUAGUUUCUAAAAAUCGAAAUAUUUUAGAAAAAAUUUUAAAUUGUGUAAAAUGUUGUGGAAAUUACGAAUUACCAUUACGUGGCCACGAUGAAAAAAUUUCAUCAAAAAACCGAGGCGUUUUUCGUGGUUUGACUAACUUAUGUUCAGAUUUAGAUCCAAGUUUACAGGAACAUUUUCAGAAAUCUACUGUUUUCAAAGGACAUGAUGCAGACUUUUUAACCCGAAUUAUUCUAAAUGAAAUCGAUCCUAUAAUAGAAAAAAAUCCUCAAAAAUUCAUCGCACAAGCAUAUAACGGAGCUGCUAUUAUGAGUGGUCACCAAUCUGGAGUUAACGUACGAAUAAAAGAAAAAUAUCCGUAUGCUUAUUUUAUUCAUUGUUACGCUCAUCAACUGAAUUUAAUUAUGGCUCAAGCGACUUCCCAAAAUAAACAAAGAGUAGCUAUACUAGAUGAAAUAGUAGGCGCUCGUUUACCAAAAACAGUUCAAACACGUUGGAAUUUUAAUAUUAGAACAGUAAAUAUGGUUUAUGAACAUAGAGAUACGUUGAUUGAAUGUAUGAAGAAAAUUAUUGAUGCAUCCUCGCAAUCUAGUUCUAUUAAUCAAGCAACAGGACUUAAACUACUUCUAAAAGAUACGAGUUUUAUUUUUUGGCUUAAUUGUUUUCAUAAAAUUAUGCCUCAUGUUGAUUGUUUGUAUAAUGCUGUUCAAACAAGGAAUACUGAUCCAGUACAAGUUCAAGAUUCUGUUAGAAAAUUUAAAAUAGAAAUUCAAAAAAUUCGCGAUAAUUUGACAACUCUUAUAGAAAUAUCGAAUAUUGAAAGUUCUUCCAAAAGAAAACGAAUAGAAGAUUCUAUGAAUAAUAAAAAAUUGGCUACUUUAGAAGUAUGUGACGUAAUAUCUAUUCAAGCUCAGAGACGUUUUGAUUUUACUAAACAUUUAACAGCAGCUCAACUUUUCCAAAAUGAAAAAUAUGUGAUAUAUAUUAAUAAUUUUCCAUCAAAAGCUCUGAAUAUUACUGUCGAAUGCUAUCCAUUUUUUAUUCAAGAACGUUUGAAAACCGAGUUAGAGGUAGUUUACUCACGUGAUGAUUUUCGAAAUUUAAAAGGUGUAAUUUCUACAAUAAAUUAUAUUAAAAAUAAUAACAUGGAAGACACAUUUAAAGAAGUUUAUAAAUUACUAAAAGUUUUGGUAGUCACACCAAUGACAUCUUCUGAAGCCGAAAGAAGUUUUUCAACAUUGAGGAGAAUUAAGACAUGCUUAAGAAGUACAAUGUGUGAGGACAGACUUAAUGCUUUGACUAUGUUAAGUGUAGAGAGCCGUAUAAUAAAUGAAGAUAUUGAUUUCAACAAAAAAAUAAUCAAUAACUUUUGUGACAUCAAGGAAAGGAGUCUUGAUUUCCAGUAUAAAAUUUUAACCUAA